GUACGCUAUCCCUGCCUUGGCGUCUCGGCCAUACAUGUAUGUAACGUUCCGUGACACUUCUCGGAUCUUCCAGAGCCCUAAAGAGACUCGAGCGGAUCUCACGAUUGUCGAGGUUCUGGACCGCGUGCGGACGAGUGCAUCGGGUCAAAGCCGCCCAAGACAUUCAUCCACAUCAGCAUCAGCCAUGUGCUAGGCAGGGCGACCAAUCGUCAUAUCGAGGAAGUUAAGGGCACGCACAGCAGUAUGACAUCAGUUGCCUCUUUCCAGAUGCUGUACACGAUACGAUGAAAACAUACCUGUACUGAAACCUAUCGCGUUUCUACGCAAUCUCUUUAGAAUUGCUAUCCUAGGUGGAUAAUUUCUUGCAUCAUGUACCCACAGACAUGAUUGGUGAUGGUUGGCCAAGGACAAAAGAACACUGUGGUGCCAUUUGUGUCACAUCACACCACAGGAUUUUUCGGGGUCUCUUGCACGCAUCACUGUUUACCAACAAUAAACUUCCCUGGUAUCGAUACGAAGAAACUCAGUGGCUGAUACUCGGAUAA